AUGCACGCUACUUUACCUUUGGAUCAUCCUUACUAUACCGGCCACCACUACAACAAAGUUAUUAAUGACCCUCAGCCUUAUCGAUCCAAUCCUUCUUCUCGACGCACAUCCAUGGUGUCUCCCACCGCAAUAUUAACCCGUAAUCGUUCACAGAAAUCGAUUCGAGAUCGCCGUCGCAGCAGCGGGACGUUAUCCACACACAGCCAAAAACCGCGGAAAAUGAUUGGCGACUACUAUGUGGGAAAAACACUCGGCAAGGGCGCUUCCGGUCGAGUCAAAUUAGGUGUUCAUCGAUUCACGGGUGAACAAGUGGCAAUCAAGAUUAUCAGUAAAGCCCACUUGGCAGCGAAUCCGGCCAUUGAAAAAGCGGUACGACGAGAAAUUGCCAUCAUGAAAUUGAUCUGCCAUCCCAAUGUCAUGGGUCUAGUGGACGUCAUUGACGAUGCUUCUUCACCUGAUCUGCAUUUGAUCUUGGAAUACGUUGAAGGCGGUGAACUCUUUGAAUAUCUCGUCAGCAAAGGCAAGCUUAGUGAAGCCGAAGCACGUCACCAUUUCCAACAGAUCAUUCUGGGUCUGGACUAUUGUCAUCAUCACUUGAUCUGUCAUCGAGAUCUCAAACCUGAGAAUUUACUGCUGGAUUUGAAUCAAAGCAUCAAGAUUGCCGAUUUCGGUAUGGCCUCACUACAACCAGCAGGGUCCAUGCUGGAGACGAGCUGCGGAUCACCGCAUUAUGCGAGCCCUGAAAUCGUUGCUGGUAUGCCCUACAACGGCUCGGCAUCCGAUAUCUGGUCCUGUGGUAUUAUCUUGUACGCCUUGCUGACCGGCCAUUUGCCAUUUGACGAUGAGAAUAUCCGUCAAUUGUUGAAAAAGGUCAAGGCCGGCAAAUACACCAUUCCAGACGAAGUGUCACCCAAAGCCAAGGAUUUGAUCACGCGUAUCCUUGUUGUCGAUCCCAGUAAACGUCUUACCAUGGAACAAAUCAUGGCCCACCCAUGGUUCCGUGAAGUGGAACCGACUAACCUCGCCAUGCUUCCGAUUGCCCCUACAGCCGAGCAAAUCGGUCGCCCCGUCAAUGAUUCCUCGGAAAUCGACGAACGAUUGCUGGAAACCAUCAAAUUCCUCUGGGGAGAAACAAGCGAUGAGGUGAUCAUCGAUGCUCUGAUCAACAGUGAACCCAAUAUGCAAAAAGUCGUCUACGUGUUGCUGCAACAACAUGCUGAACGUUACUGGCAAAUGGAACAUGACGACGAUGACUAUGGUUACGGUGAAUAUGACAGCUACGAAAGCUUUGAUUCCAUCCAUUCCCAACGCCGCUAUCGUACCGUCAGCCAUCGUACGGAGAGAGAUCGACGAUGCAUGUCCAUGGUGGACAAUGGCAAGCAUACCGUACGUCCUACCAGUCCUUGGCUUUGUCCUGAUGACGAGAAACAGGUGUCACGACGGUUCUCGGCGGCAUCUAUGCGUUCACCACGUCAGGAAUUCUUGCAUCAUCCUCCCCCGUUACCACCCCUGCCCUCGGGUGCGGCCAGUCGAAAACACUCGGCCGACAAGACCGCUCAAGCGAUGAAAAAAAGCGAAACGUUUUAUGCCCGAUUUAUCAAAUCGGUCUUACCCUCUUCGUUGCAUCAAAACAAAGACGCGCAUAAAAUCAAUGGGGUUACACAGGACGAAUCGGAUCCUAAACCUUCCGCUUCCAGCUUUGCCGGCACCUUGCGUCGUAAAAAUCCAUUUGCCAAGGCGGCGGCAGCUGCGGCCAACAGCCACGAGGCUUCCUAUGAUGCUGGUGCGCUGAUUCCCGAAUUACCACCCAAGUCCACAUUACGUUCGAACAAGAACAAGGUGGAUCCACAGCAACAAAAGGAACGACCAUUAUCAUGUCAACCGCCGCCCAAGGUAGCCAACCCCAAACGCCUUUCCAUCCGUGUCCCACAUGCAUUGAGAAAUACGCUCAAUACAUUGAACGGAUCACGACGCAGUGAGCGUAAACAACUGGAUAUGUCUGUGUUCACCGAUCCAAGCCUUCCUCCACCGCCUGCGUUGUCGGAUGGAAGUACACUCAGUUCCAGUUCCAGUAGCAGCAGUGGCUCGAGUUCGGCCAAAACCCCGACCAUGCUCUCGCCUACAGCCCCGAUAACACCUCGUCGUGGAAGCCAAGUCUCGAUUCGAUCCGAUCGUCGAGCGAGUACCUCGGUCAACCGUCCAGUGACCCCCAGCCUCUUAUCCAAUUCAAGCACAAUCACCACCAGUGCUGCCUCGGAAGUACCCAGCUUGUCGCCCUACACCAGUAGUCCCUCUUCGUCAGUCCCCAAAACAUCUUGGCUUUCGAACCUUUUCCACUUUAAACAACCCAAAGUAUGCUCGCUCAUUGUCACCAAUACCAAUACCACAGAAAUCUUGCGCGCUUUACACCGCGCCAUGAACGACUUCUCGAUUGAAGCACGAUUUUAUGAAAAGUGCGAUAAGCAAGGGGUUUCGCGGUUCAAGGCCGAGAUCAAGACGGCGAAGCGACAAGUCAAAUGUCGCAUGGAAUUCUUGGUCCAUACAAAUUAUACCUGUGUUCAAUUCACCCAACAGCAAGGUGAUGGAGUGCUCCUUGCUUCGACCGUACGUCAGCUUCAAGAUACGAUGUUGAACAACAUGUCCACUGUGAGCACCAGCUCGGCUCAGUCACCUAAACCAUUUGCCUCGUAA